CCGAGGCGCACGGCCGCCGCCCGCCGCCCUUGUUGCUGUUGCUCAUGGUCCUCGCAUGGCAGCCGCCAUGGCCCCGCACCUGGAGGGGGGAGCGGAUACUUAUCAUCCCUGGCGUCAGCUGAGCAGCUCUCCUCCUCCUCCUCCUUCUUUAUAUUUCUCCCAACCAUCCAUUCCGACCCCUCUGCCCCAUCUCUGUGCUAGGUAGAGUCUGCCGUCCCCCCGACUCCUCCACCGCGAUGUCUGCUCGGACGCUCCUCCGCACCGGGCUCAACGUCCCUCGCUGCGCCGUAUUCCCUCGUCAUAUCACCAGCAGUCUCCUCCCAACACCCCGUCUGAUCACCACCCAAGCCCUACCCCAGCCAACACAACCAAGGAGCUUCUUCAGACGACCGGGACUUUUACUUGGACUGCUCGCUGUGCCCCUCUUCGCAACUCCACUCUACCUCGACUCCGAUGAUCCUUCCAAUGAGCACCCACCUACGCUCACCACGCUCACAAAUCGCGACCUCGUCCGGGCUUACGUCGUCUAUACCAUGUGCUCCUUUCCUACCAUCGUCGACCUGGGACCCAAGAUCAUCGAUUGGUGCUACGCUACUAGGAUUCCAGGCGUAAAGUGGAUCAUGGAAAAGAUCGUCCGGGUGACCUUCUUUGAACAGUUUGCUGGCUCGGACACCAUCGAAGGCUCUGCCCCCAUCGUUGAGCGUCUCGCAGCCCGAGGCGUCGGCACACUCUUUGCAUACAGUGUUGAGGCGGACCAGAAUUCCGUUGUUGAGCUCUCGUCCGACGACGCAAAAGGCACUGGCUCCACCACCGCCUCUUCCACCUCGCUCAACCAAGACCUAGUCUCUGCCAAUCUGCGCUCCGUCGAAUUCGCGUCACACAUGAACGUCGCCUCGGGAGCCGACACAGCAGUCGCAAUGAAGGUCUCUGGCAUGCUCAAGGACCCCGCCGUUCUCAUUCGAGUCUCUUCCGCCGUCCUCCCUCGCAACAUGUUCACCAGCAACAGCCACACCGCAUUGACCAAGGCUGGACUGCUCGAGCAAGUCCAAUCCUCCCUCUCGUCCUCGGAUCGUGACGCUCUCAACGAGCUGGUCGAAGUCUUCCGAGAGGCAGGACGACUUGCCCAACCUGGCAAUGUCAAGGUUAUCAUUGAUGCCGAGCAGAGCUGGUUGCAGCCCGCGAUCGAUGUCAUCUUCCUUGCGGUAGCACGAGAGCUGCGAAACCCUCUCACCACUACUGCCUCUUGGUCGCAGAGCUUCAGCAACCUCACCCACGAAAAGGCUUCUCUGCCCACUUUUUACAUGACUCUGCAGACGUCUCUCAAACGCUCCCAGCCUCUCCUGCAGGCUCUCCUCGAUGAUGCGCAGACUCAUAGCUACCCCUUGGGUGUGAAGCUCGUACGAGGAGCAUACGUAGACCAGGAGCACAAGGCCGCAGCCUCCAUCGAUGUCCCCACUGCCGCAUGGGAGAGCAAGCAAGAGACGGACGUCUGCUACAACACCUGUGCCACGAUUCUCGUCGAUGGUGUCGCAUCCAGUGUGGCAGAGUCGAACAAGUACCCGUCCCUCGGCGCCAUGUUCGCCUCUCACAACCGCCACAGCGUUGCUCUCGUCGUAGAGCUGAUGAAGACUAAAGGUCUCGUUCGAACUGCUGCAGGCCCCGGAUCAGAUAAGAGUGACGAGACCCUCGUGAUGAACAAGGGCGUCUCAUCUCGCAUCAGCUUCGGACAGCUCUACGGCAUGGCCGAUGACAUUACCGAUGGUCUCGGACGCAACCUUCUCACUCCCGACGGCAGUAAAGCCGUGUACAAGUACCUUCCCUAUGGUCCGCUUGAUCGCGUUAUUCCUUACCUCGUCAGGAGGGCAAAGGAGAACAAGAGCGUCAUGGCUGCUGGCGCUAGUGGAGGUGGGGCGUACGAGGAGAAGAAGAGGAUCAAAGGAGAGGUGAAGCGUCGAGUCAAGGGGUGGUGGAAGGGCGAGGAGGAUGUGACUCGAGCGGCUCCCGUCAAGGCAUGAGUCGAGAAAGGACGCUCUCCACUCACAUUCGGCCUGCGAAGGGCAAGCACCCUCUGCUGUCUUGGCACAUACGCAGGGGCACCAACAGCUCCCUUCGGCAACUCAUACAUUUUACGCAUCACAACAAUACCAUUCUCAAGAAGCACCAUUUGUACCAACAAGAACAAGAACAACGAGGACGUCGAGCUCCACUUAACACCGCUCGAAGCAACGCUCUACAUUCAUUUAGACUCAUAGUCCCACUGUCUUGGCCAAGGAGAGACGCAACAUACAUACACAUUCUCUAACGAUGCGACGAGAUAGACGAUACCACUGGACGGCGGGCUCCAUUUAACACUGCCCGCAGACUCUCUUUACACUUUCUUCCUUCCUACAACUCUCUUUCGUCUUGCUCCCCUUCGAUCACGUCACCCAACUCUCCCGUCUUUCUCUUCAUUUGUACCAAUACACUUAGUCUCCACUUGUACUAUUUUCUGCAUGCCCCCUUUUUUU